AAAUUGUUUCGUUUUUGUGUUUUAAGAAGCAUGGUGAAAAACGGUGUCUUUUGUUUUUGCAUAGAUUCUUGUGGUCUUUCAUGUUAUUUUUAUUAAGUAGUUAUCCAGACUUAUACUUCUUCACUGUUUGUGUAUAAAUUAUAGGAAGUUUGGGAAAUAAUAUUUAUGUUCUAUGCUCUGUUUUUCUGUAGAUGUCUACUGUUAUAUUUCUGAUAAUUUGGAUAUUGUGUCUUCUGCAUUUUUUACAUUUUUAAUGAUGUCUCUCAGUGUUUACACAAUCACGGCGAGUGUAUUUGUCAUCCUGUCAUGUGAAAUUUACACUAAAUGUUUUCACAGGAAAGUUUCUGCAAACACUUUUUCGCUGUUGUAUUUUGUUUGCAACAAAUGGAUUCUCAAACUUGCAUGUUAAAUCAGUUUCCAGCAUUAAAAAUCAAGUCUUAAUCUUUCUACCUUUUGUGCAUCACUCGACUGGCUUUGUUUAUUUCUCUAAAACCAGUGUUAGCUAGACUGCAUGGGAGUAAAUGGUAUGGUUAAAAGUUGAUUAUCUGCAGUUAACACAUAAUCAAGUGGUUCAGCCCUUUUAAUUUUUAAAGUUAUAGUAAAAAAAUUCCUUAUCACCCAUCAGAAAUGGCUGACACUUUAACGUACACGUCAACUGACGACCAGUCCUUUCACAUCACUCUGGGUUCUCCUUCCAAAAAAUCUCCGACUCUUGUCCCGUUGAAAGACGAUAGCUUUAACGAGGCAGCUGGAUUACAGAGGUCUGGAACGAGUGGAAGAAAGUCUUCUGUAGAGAAGAUGCUGGAGGAAUCGCUAAACACAGCUGAAAAAGAAGAUUAUAGCACCUCGAGAAACUCCUCCUUUGUGUCUAACGGCACAUUGAGUGGUAGCGAUGAUGAUGACGGCGCUGUAAGAAGGGGCGGUAAGAGAGCAGUAGUGAAACCCUCCGCCGUUGUUCCGUUAAAAGAUGAUAGUUUUAUAGAAGCUGCUGGCUUACAGAGGUCAGCCAAAAGUGGAAGAAAAUCAUCUGUGGAGAAGUUGCUUGAGGAAUCGUUAAACACAGCUGAAAAAGAAGAUUACAGCAGCUCGAAAAACUCCUCCUUUCUGUCUAACGGAACAUUGAGUGGUAGCGAUGAUGACGAUGGCGCUGUAAGACGAGGCGGAAAAAGGACGGUGGAGAGACCACAAAACUUAAAGAGCGAUGACUUUAUUCAAAGUGCUGGCUUGUCAAGAACAGGCAAUGUGGGUAGAAAAUCCUCUAUGGAGAAGCUGUUAGAAGACCAGCUACAAACAAGAGAAGAAACAGCUCAAGUUACUCGCAAAGUGUACACAGAAAACAGCGAAGGAGAUCAAUAUUUAGUAAGAGAUACGAAGCCUCUACAAAAGCAGUCUUCCAUAUCAUCAACGGAGGAGGACAUUGGUCUAGGUAAACGAAAGAAUUCGAUAUACGAGCAAAAAAACAUCGAGGUUCCAGUGGCGACAAAAGGAAAUCGCAUCGCUGCUCGAACGCAGAAUCUUUUUAAGCAAUACGAACGCGACAUGUCGAUACACGAGGCAAAACCAAUCGUCGACGUAAAUGAAGGGGCGGCCCAACGAAAAGUCAGCUACGAUGAGUCCUUAAAAGACGAAAAACGGAAAGUAGACCUCGUAAGAGCAGAAAAAGAGAAAGAGCUGCUUGAAAUGAGACUUCAAUAUCAACAACGAUUGCAAGAGGAGGAACGCGAACAAGAAGAAGAACGCAAGCGUAGAAUUGCUAACAGUGAAAUAAAAUACACAAGAGCUUUAGGAGAUGUAAAGAAUCGAUAUCUGUCAGCUGCUGUCGGACAACCUGCCGAGAAGAACGAUAGCGACGAAGACGACAACAAAACGACACACGUUGAUAAACACGGCGUCCCUGUCGAAAAAAGUGGCGGCAAAAUCGAGAUUGUUAGAAGUUCUGACGGUGUCGGCAAUAUACGCGAACGUUUUGGGAGCAUUGGUAAGGCAGGAUGGAAGAAACGAAACACCACCGACGGUGACGUCACGCAAGUUGAUUCGAGUAAAGUUAGCUCCGCUCGAAAUGUCUUCAAGACGUUCGAAGUAAACAACAACGACGUGAAAACAUUCAACCGUCCUACGUCGCGAAAAGUACGUGAUCCGAAAGAACUCAUGGAGAUGCGUAAAAAAAUCACAUAUGGCGGACAUACCGACGAAUUGCCGCAAGACGGCGUCAUUAAAAAAUCGGUUGUUCUCGACGAAAACGAACUUGGAACGAGAUCCCCGAAAAAGGAUGCGCUCAGAGUAUAUAAAACUUUAGAAUCGCGAGUGGAAGACACUUCGCCUCAAAAUAAACCAACUGUUCGGUUGUUGUCGGAGAGUGAAACUCGUGCGAAUAUGGAAGUAAAAAGAUUUGGGGGAAGUUCUUCGAACAGUGAGGCAGGGGAUGUAAUUUCAGACUUGACCGUAGAUGUCAGUGGAUAUGGCAGCAGUACACUUUGCAGUCCAACUAGCACGGCUAGCGAUGGAUACAGUAGCUUGUCAGACACGAAAGAGCCGGUUGACGACAUGCUUGGAAAAGGACAUAUUCAAGAGUUCAUAACAGGUGAUUUAUCAGAUAUGACAAUUUCUGUUAAUGGUGACGUCAUCGAAAACGACGAACAGCCGUCGCAUGAAAACGUUGAAAAUUAUGAGGUGCCGACCUACUGCUAAAUUGAUCCAUUGAACGAGAAUAGUAGAGAGUUUGCUGAUAUCGUGUUUGCUUAGAUUAGUCAGUAGUAUUUCGAACGAUUAAAUCGCUUCGUUUUACAGUCGUGUAAAAAAAAUGAGCUUAUCGUCAUGAAAAACGGCGUUCUACAAGUUUUUACAAAAUGUCUGUGAAAAUGUUGCUUACAUUCUGAGUUUCUUUUUCUUUCUCAUGGUUUAAUAGCCUACUUGAUCUCAUGAUAACAUGCAUCAUAAUGGCCGAUGACAGCCAACCUGGUUAAAACCUUAAAGACGAAUCUCAGUUUCUGGAAUUUAAAACCUUUCUUUGUGUUUAUGUUUGUCUAUUUUUCGCAUAUGAAACCGCCCUACAACCUCCUUCACGCCCCUUACGCCCCUUUUUUCUUUGAAUGUUAUUGAGCGACAAAAUUUAUUGACGAGUCUCAAAUUAACCUGGGACUACACCCAACGUAUAUAAUUUUUUUUACAUACAUAUAUACAUUAUUAUAUAUACAUAUAUAUAUAUUAAUUUAUUCUAAUUUUUAACAAUAGUAUUUUUCUACGAAAACAAAAAACUGUAGAACUGCUCAAAACAAUUGGUUGUAAAUGCUAGUUUGUGUGACCAUGAGUUUUGUUUACAAAAAAGAUCUUGAUUUUGUACAUACGAAAGUAAAUGUGUCUUUAUACUUUGAUUUAUUGUGGUAGGAUGUUGUAUGUAAAAGUACCUAAUAUAAAAGGAUGUUGCCAUUAGUAGACAAA